CUGUAAACUCUCCUAUGUACUAAAAAUCCCUCUCUCUCUCUCUCUUGGGGCAGCUUUGCUGAUUAUUCUAGUGAGAAGUUAAUUAUUGUGGGAAUAUAAAUAUGAGGAUACUUUUUCUUCUCUUUGUGAGCUAAUAUAAUAAUCCAUAAAGCUUAAUUACAAUCAUGGGUGUUUGUGUUGUGAGUUAAGAGUGUUAUUGAAGGACUAUGGAAUCAAGAAUGGAAGAGUAUGCGGUGUUGCAGAGGAUUGGAAGAGGAGCAUUUGGAGCUGCAAUAUUGAUCCAACACAAGACAGAGAGAAAGAGGUAUAUUCUGAAGAAGACUCGGUUGGCCAGGCAAACAGAGAGAUGCAAACUCUCUGCCUAUCAAGAGAUGGCUUUGAUUGGAAGGAUUAGAAACCCAUACAUUGUGGAAUACAAAGAAGCAUGGGUAGAGAAGGGCUGUUAUGUGUGUAUCGUGACGGGUUACUGUGAAGCAGGAGACAUGGCUGACAUGAUCAAGAGGUCUAAUGGUGCAUUGUUCCCAGAAGAGAGGCUCUUCAAAUGGCUUGCUCAAUUGUUGAUUGCUCUGGACUAUCUUCACUCUAACCAUGUUCUUCAUCGAGAUUUGAAGUGUUCUAACAUUUUCCUGACUAAGGACCUUGACAUUCGACUUGGUGAUUUUGGACUAGCAAAACUGUUAAAAGCCGAUGAUCUGACAUCCACGGUUGUAGGAACUCCCAACUAUAUGUGCCCUGAGCUCCUUGCAGAUCUUCCAUAUGGCUUCAAGUCUGAUAUCUGGUCUCUAGGUUGCUGCAUGUUUGAAAUGACUGCACACCAGCCAGCUUUCAAAGCAUCUGACAUGGCUUCACUGAUAAGUAAAGUUAACAGAUGUUCAAUUGGACCACUUCCAAGCAUAUACUCUUCGUCGCUGAGGUCACUGAUAAAGAGCAUGCUAAGGAAAAACCCAGAUCAAAGACCAACUGCAGCAGAACUCUUGAGCCAUCCUCUCUUGCAAAAACAUGUCGAAAAAUGCCUCCCUCCUCUUUCCCCCACCUCCCACUCUUUUCCAACCAUGAAAACCGGUAGCCACAUGACCAUGAGCCAUUAUUUCAAAAGCAAUUCAAGCGAUGAAGAAGAUAGCCCCUACGCACCUGCCAGCACCAGCAGAACACUCACCCACAAAAGUCUUAAGUCACUGCAAACUGAUGAAAUGAUAUUAUGUAGCAAUUAUGGGUCUUUCAGUUCAAGCAAUGAAACUUCAUCCCCAUCAAAUUUCAAAAUCCAUGACGUUAAAGAAGCUGAAGAGAACCCAUCUUCAACCUUGUUGAAACCAAAGACUAAACCAAUUUCUAAGCCCGAAGGGCCACUGGCUUCACCUAGACGCAACUUGAAAGCGUCCUUUAUUGGUGGCACUCCAAGAGUGGACCAGUUACCUUUCUCACCAAGACACAAAUACCUUAAACCUAAUUAUGCUCCACAUGAUAAAACCAAGAAAACCAUAGUAUCUGUAUCUCCAAAGAUGCCUUCAACCAAUUCCUAUAAUGGUAAGAAGUUAGAAAGCAUGAGAAAGAGAGGAUACUUUAACAACCCUUUGCCCGAGAAAAUAAAGAGGCCCACAGUAGCAGCAUCUCUACAUACACCUUCACCCUAUCUCUCUAAUGAUAAGAAGCUCGAAAGCAUGAAGGAGAGAGGGCACCCUCAUGAAUCAUGUGGUCAGAUAGAGGAAGAAGGGUUUCACAGAGGAUUCAAAACAAUGAAAGGUGUUAUUCACGCUGAAGAUGGGAGCCUGGAAAACGAGGACGAUAGUGUCCUUGCUAAGUCUAGUGAACAUACAGAUUACCAGAAUAGAUCUGAUGCUCUGGAGUCACUGCUAGAGAUUUGUGCACAAUUACUUCAAGAGCAGAGGCUCGAGGAGCUUGCUGGUGUGCUUAAACCAUUUGGGAGAGGCGGGGCCUCGCCAAAGGAGACUGCCAUCUGGGUAACAAAGAGCCUCAGAGGUGUCAGAGACGAACAAAACAAAGAAUCUGUUAGACCAUUGUUUUAGGCGCAUUAAAUAUGAAUUGCUCUGAAUCAAGCUCAACAACCAUCUUUUGUAGUGUCGAAUCAAUUUUGAGCUUCGUUAACUGAGGGAGCCUUGAAAUCAUGGAACAUCCAUGAUUCAAUCAAAUUAACAUAAAGGUGACAGCAAACCGAUUGUCGGACACAAGAUAUGAGGAUUUGAUUGAAGAAAGAAAGCUAGUGAAUUGAUGUGGAACUUGACUAGAUGAUUAAGUAUGAUUUUAAUUACACUAUUUUUUGUUUUUUAUUCAUCUAAAGGAGCAUCCGCAAU